AUGAAUGAUUUUGAUUUUAGAAUGGUUGACUUGUCUACUUUAUUUCCUACGGAGAUCACAGUGAUGGGAUCAGUGUUCUGCGUCUUGCUCUCAAUGCACUUCACGGCUAUCACCUCUUUUUUGGGUUUGCUUGAUGCUAAAGAAAGCGAACCCAUUUUCAUGUUUCUAGACGCUAUUAAAGAUUGCUAUGAGGCACUUGUCAUUGCUAAGUUCUUGGCGUUGAUGUAUAGCUACCCUAACAUAUCCAUGAGUGGAAGGAUUAUCCCUGAUGAGAUUAAAGGGAGAGAAAUCCACCACUCUUUCCAGUGA